AUGCCACCGAAGAAGCGUACUGCUCGCAAAAGCGCCACCAAGAAAGCCACGGCUUCUGCCCCGGCCGUGCCGGACGUCGCUCAGGAGGCCACUCCGCCACCGACUCUCAGCGCUCAGCCAUCCACUUCUAGCGCACAAAAGGCUAUCAAGGUAAAGAUUAGAUUCAAAAUAUAUCAGGUUAUGAGAAUAAUUUCAGCGUCGUAACCAGGCCGAGCUGCUUCACGACGAGGCUUUCGUGCCGCUCGAGAAGAAGAAUCGAACUUCCGACAAGGAGAAGCCGGACUAUCGCGACCAGAAGCCACGUCCGAGUGCGAAGAGCGGCUCGAAUGGCUCAAAGUGA